CUGGGCCCUUCGCACUAGGCACAUGCGCGCCUUGAACGAAGGCCCCACAUCGCCGACGUCGACGGAAAUCAGGGGCGCGGCUCCACUCCUCCGCGGGGCAGGGGAGUCGGAAGAUAUACCGCUCCAGCAGCGACGGUGUGCUGCGGGGUCUCUCGACAAGUGGAGUGGGCACGCCACGGCUCGGCAUUGGCUCCCGGGGCUGAGUUUGAUCCGCCUCUCCCGCCCCUUCCUGUACCAGCCACUGGCCUGCGUGACGGUCCUCUCCCUCCUCGUCACCUUUCUCGGAGCGGAGUACGGAUACGCAACCCUCGACGUCGCUGCGGACAUCUCGCUCGGCGUCGGCACACCCCUCGCGCUGCUGCUGGCGUUCCGGCUCAACAUCAGCUACACGCGCUGGCUCGAGGGCCGCACACUCUGGGGCAAGCUCGUCGAGAGCUCGCGCUCGAUCGUCAGCACGGCCGUCUCCGCCACGCUCGCCGCCCAGUCGGACGGAUGCGGAGGCGAGGAGGCGAGGGCGACGCAGGAGCGCGCGCGCGAGGUGGCCGGCUGGUGCGUCGCCUUCGCCUACUACCUGCGAGGCCGGCUGCACGACGACGACCCGGCGGAGGCGACGCCCGCGGUGCAGCAGCUCCGCGACGCCCUCGAGCGGCUCCUCGGCGCGCGCGCCGUCGACGAGCUCGAGGCGGCACGGGCGGCAGGGCGCAACGUGCCGCUGCGCGUGCUCUGCCGGCUCCGCGGCUCCGCCUCGCGCCUGCUCCGCGGCUGCGGCGGCGGCGGAGCCGGGCCUGCCGGCUCGGCGUCGGCUCUUCUCGCGUCGGAGCUGCUCGUCGGGGCUCGCGACGAGGAGCUGUUCGGCACGCUGUCGGGCUGCGAGCGGCUGACCAGCACGCCCACCCCGCCGGGCUACGUCGCGAUCCUCCGCUCCGCCCUGCUCGCCUUCCUCGUCCUGCUCCCCUUCAUCGUGGCGGAGCUCGGCCUGGUGGAGGUGCCCGUCUGCCUGCUCACCUCGCUGAUCCUGCUCGGCAUCGAGGACGUGGCCGUCCAGCUCGAGGUGCCCUUUGGUGACGACGAGAACGACCUCCCGCUCGCCCACUACUGCGUCGCGCUCGAGGCCGACCUCGCAGAGCUCCUGGACCUGCUCCCCGCGCCGGACGACGGGCUUGCGGAGCCGCCAAAGAAUGCCUGACUGACAUAUUCCUGCCUAAGCGCACGCACAUGACUUGUAAAAGCAUGCCAACAGUGUCAAACAUCGGUCGGCUCUUGCGUCUUGGGUAUCGUGGCGCGCGGCGGCGCCUGGAGGGGAUCCUCACUCACGGUCACUCACUCAACUCACUCUCUCUCUCUCUCACGCAGACAGACUACAGACAGUCACACACACUGAAACAGGCCCCCCGACCGCGUCGAACUCAUCGGCGCGGGCUCUCUCGGCUACGGGACCGGCCCCAGCUUCGGCUGAGGGCUAACAAGCUGCCGAGCCCAAAUCACUGUGGUAGUCGUGAUUUCUUGUUGGUUCUUGGUUUUCAAAAAUCUCUC